AUGGUUUCCAAUACCACGCGACCUGCUACUGCAUCAGCAAGAAGGGCGGCUGCACGCAUGCGUGAGGCCGCGGAAAGUGCCUCUCACGCCUCAGCAGCAGGCGAUUUGUCGCUUGUUGUCGUGAAUCUUCCACGUGGUGAGUCACCACGAGCGACAGGUACAUCCGUUGCGUCUGCAGCGGGUACCUCGAAUCGUAAUCAAGACGAGUCUGAGAUAGAGCUCAUCUAUUCCGGCGAAUUGGAUGAUGCAUACGACUCAAAGGCGAAUCCUCACGCCUCGGGAUCACCCGAGGCGGACGCUGCAAAGCCAGGCUGA